AACAAGCCAGCCAAAAAGAAAACUAAAGGAAAAAAAGGGUCAAUACUCGAUUCCAGCAGCGGCACUCGGAACCGAAUCCGAAAUCAGUCUCCGAAGAAUUAAUCGGAACGAAACGAAUCGCCGGCAAUGGACGUGAUCAAGACCCAGCAAAUUGCGGUGAGGCCGAUCGAGAAGGUGGUCGUCCACCCGCUGGUUCUACUCAGCAUCGUCGACAACUACAACAGAGUUGCCAAGGACACUCGGAAACGCGUCGUCGGAGUCUUACUCGGAAGUGCUUCUAAAGGAACCGUCGACGUCAGCAACAGCUACGCCGUGCCAUUCGAGGAAGAUGAGAAGGAUCCCAGCAUCUGGUUUUUAGACCACAACUACCAUGAAUCGAUGUUUUCCAUGUUCAAGAGAAUAAAUGCAAAGGAGCAUGUUGUUGGGUGGUAUAGUACAGGUCCAAAACUGAAAGAAAAUGAUCUGGAUAUUCAUUGCUUGUUCUCCGACUAUGUUCCAAACCCUGUCCUAGUCAUAAUUGAUGUCCAACCAGUAGAGCUGGGAAUUCCUACGAAAGCUUACUAUGCUGUGGAAGAGGUCAAAGAGAAUGCAACGCAGAAAAGUCAGAAGGUAUUUGUGCAUGUGCAAUCAGAAAUUGCAGCUCAUGAGGUUGAGGAAAUCGGUAGCCAUUUUUUUUAUACUGAAAUUCCAUCUCUUUCUUGUGCCUUCUUUAUCACAGGUGUGGAACAUCUACUUCGGGAUGUUAAGGACACAACUAUAAGCACCCUUGCAACUGAGGUGACUGGCAAACUUACUGCCUUGAAAGGCUUAGAUGCAAGGCUCAAAGAAAUAAGAGGUUAUCUAGACCUUGUUAUUGAUGGAAAGCUUCCUUUGAAUCAUGAGAUUCUGUACCAUUUGCAGGACGUAUUCAACCUACUUCCAAAUCUCAACGUUUCCGAGUUGAUCAAGGCUUUUGCUGUGAAAACAAACGACAUGAUGUUGGUAAUCUACCUCUCGUCCGUCAUUCGAAGCGUUAUCGCCCUACACAACUUGAUCAAUAACAAGUUGCUCAACAAAGAACACGAGAAAGCUGAAGAUUCGAAACCAGUCUCUGUACCAACUGCCACCGGAAGCUAGAUACACAGGAUCAAGUUUGCGGCUGAUUCUCGGAGAUGCUUGAUCUUCAUCCAUUGUCUUUGCGAUCGUCCUUGUAAGACAUAGAAUGUUUGGAAGAUUUUAGGGAUGGUUUGGAUGAUGGAUUGUGUCUAUGCCCAUCAAGGCAGUGUCCUCAGAAUUGAUCAAUCCACCCACUACUUUUACUUUUAUGCCUCCCAAGUUUUUUAAAACAUUUGUAGAAGGGUGUUUUUGUUCUAUUAACCCGUCUAACAAUCCAUAACUUACAGUUGUUAAAAAGAUUCGUCUGUUGCUUCAAAAUCCAUCGUUCCACACAUUUUAACCAUCCACCAACCAAAUACAAGACUCUUAUCCUCUUCCUACUACAGAGUAAUAAUACACUAGUUUAUAUGCAAUGGUCAAUCAGUAGUGUCAUCCAGAUCAGGCUGAACGGACUGCUCGAACUCAGCAUCCAUGAUAACUCCAUCCAUCACAUGAACAAGGAUCGCCUUCCUCCUGAUGUCCACUCUCUCCGCCGGAAUCCUGUUCACGACCAGCGUUCCCUCCGAAUCCUUCGACACGAACAAAGUCAAUCCCGACAACGAAUCGUAAGAAACCUCAUCUCCAGGAGCAACCACGCUCGAAUGUAGAGCUCGAGGUACGGCUGAGAACCCCAGAACUCGAGAAACUACAGCGUAAGUAUCGUUCCUCCUCGAGCUGUUAUCAUCAUCGUCGGCAGCUGCAGAUCGUAGCCCAAGGUCACGCUCGAAUGCCCUCUCGGAAGGCACAAAGACCGUGAAAGCAAGGUCGUCCGGCAGCAUUUGAACCAUCAUCUCACCGUACUUGCCGAGCUUCUCGUCGCCGGCGACCACUUCCUUCCGGUUGCUGAAGGUCUUGUAGGGACCCAUCAUUGCUCUGUUCCCACCGAGGGACACAUCUGGGAGCCGGAGGAGUGAGAGCAUGACCACGAAGAUGCAGCAAACGGAGACUAGCAGACCCACGAAUGCAACUGAGUUCUUCAGAGUGUAGAUUCUACCCAUUUUUUCUACCCAGAUAGUUUCUCAUCCAUUGAAGCUCCUGCUUCAGCUGCCAGAUUCCGCGGGACUGGUAAAGACACUCUUCUUCGUUGUCUGGAAAUGGAAUGCUUCAAGAGAAGCAAUUGAAAGUUCAGUUUACGGAUUUGGAGGGACGUUACUGCUUUUGAUUCAAGUUUGGAUGGUAAUGAAAUUUUGGACAG